AAUUAUCCAUCUAAGAAUUGGGCCUAAGCAAGUAUAACCCGACCCGACCCAACACAACACAACACAGCCAGCUAGAUGCUGACCUGGACAAUCCAUGACGUGUUAUUGCUGACAUGUCACCUUCUUCUUCAAGCUCCCCUCCGCUCAAAUCUCAACCCCAAACACCACUUCGCCGUCGGCCCAAAGCCAUGAAACCCCCAAAGAACCACCACAAACACCACUCUGAUCAAACUCCGAUCCUAAAACUGAAACCCAAUAGACCCAUCACAGAGAUCUUAUGGGUUUCUCUGGUAGCCACAUGCAUUAAGUUCCUUCUAAUCCCAGCUUAUCACAGCACAGAUUUCGAAGUCCACCGUAAUUGGCUUGCUAUAACUCACUCCCUUCCUCUUUCUCAGUGGUAUUCUGAUGAAACAAGCCCAUGGACCCUCGAUUAUCCUCCGUUCUUUGCUCAUUUCGAGCAUUUUCUUUCUUUCUUUGCCUCCCUUGUGGACCCCAUUAUGGUUAAUCUUCAGCAUGGUCUCAAUUACAAAUCACAACCCACAAUUCUUUUUCAAAGACUUACUGUUAUAGUAUUUGAUUUUGUGUUGGUUUUUGGUAUUUAUAGAUUGACACGGAAUUUGGGGUACAAAGAGAGAGUUUUGAUCUGGGUUUUGGUUAUUUUUUCGCCUGGGUUGAUGAUUGUAGACCAUUUGCAUUUUCAGUAUAAUGGGUUUCUUUUGGGGAUUCUUUUGAUAUCUCUUUCAGCUUUGGAGGAAGGGAAGGAUUUGCUAGGUGGUUUUGUUUUUGCAGCUUUGUUGUGUUUUAAGCAUUUGUUUGCUGUUGCUGCUCCUGUUUAUUUUGUUUAUUUGUUGAGGCAUUAUUGCAGGGGUGGGUUGAUUAGGGGGUUUGGGAGAUUGGUUAUUAUGGGGAGUGCAGUUGUGGCUGUUUUUGCUGCUGCUUAUGGGCCUUUUCUGUAUCAUGGACAGAUACAACAAGUGUUCCAUCGAAUGUUUCCAUUUGGUCGGGGACUCUGUCAUGCUUACUGGGCUCCGAACUUCUGGGUGUUCUAUAUAAUUCUCGAUAAAGUGUUAGCAUUUUCGCUUGUGAAAAUGGGUUUCAGCGUCCAGACACCGACAGCUUCAUUCACUGGUGGACUAGUUGGGGACUCCUCUCCUUUUGCUAUAUUACCUAGAGUCACCCCCAUGGCUACCUUCAGUAUUGUUUUACUUGCAAUAGCCCCAUGUCUUAUAAAAGCUUGGAAAGAUCCCCAACCAAGGAUGAUUACUAGAUGGAUAGCCUAUGCUUACACAUGCGGCUUUAUGUUUGGCUGGCAUGUCCAUGAGAAAGCUUCGCUUCACUUUGUGAUUCCCCUUGCCAUCAUUUCAUUGAAAAGUGUGGAAGAUGCAAAACACUAUUUCUAUUUGUCCAUAGUGUCCUGCUAUUCUCUAUUUCCGUUGUUAUUUGAAGCCCAAGAGUAUCCAAUUAAGGUUCUCUUACUGCUUUUACAUGCUACACUGAUGUGGAUUGGAUUUUCCUCUCAUUUUACAACAAAAAGUGAACAGACAAGAUAUGACAAAACGAGGUUCAUCUUGGGAUGGUUUGGGAGGUUAUACUUGCUAGGUCUCGUGGCCGUUGAGAUAUAUGGACAAUUUGUUCAUCCUAUUCUCUUUGCUGAGAGGCUUCCUUUCUUGCCUCUUAUGAUGAUCAGCAUAUAUUGUGCAUUCGGAAUGAUGUACUCUUGGAUCUGGCAAUUGAGGCAGAUUAUCAAGUUACAUUAACACAGGUAGCUGUCAAAUGCAACCAGCUGCUGCUUAUAUAUAAGAUAGAACUCGAUACAUGUAGCUACAACAACAACAUACCCAGUAUAAUCCCACAAGUGCAAACCUUACCCCCCUACCUUUGUGGGUAGGGAGGCUUUUCCAAUAGACCCUCGGCUCAAAAAGAAAAGUUAUCGAAGCAUGGUUGCAUUGGAUACGUGUAGUAGCUAAUUCUAGAUCGGCUUUUGUAGUAUCUUGUGUAAACAGUUUUGAGAAACUUUAAAUAUGAUACCAAUGUUUAUUAGAUGCUA